CCAGUUUUCUUGGUUUUCCGAUUAACUGAAUUAGGUCUUUGAUUCAAUUCUUUGAAGUGUUCAUUAUCUAAUUCAGUAUGUACUGAUGAUUGUUCAAAUCAUUCGUACUAUAAUCUUAGGAAUGUUCAAUUUGCUAAGAUGUUGAGAAAUUAGGGCAGGGCAAUGUCUUCGAUAAUGCAAGUCAGGUUGAGGCAAUACAGCAGGUUGGUGUUGUGAUAACUGAUAUUUGCUGUUGGUCGUGAACAGAUAGCCGAUUAAGAUAAGAUCAUAUCUGCUGUCAAACUAGCUGGUAAUGUUAAGCUCAUCGUAACAACUCCGAUCGGGUUUCAUUCAUUUCAAUGGCUCAGAAUCUCAAGGUUCUCGUCAUAGGAGCUACUGGUUACAUCGGAAAGUUCGUAGUAGAAGCCAGUGCCCAAGCAGGUCAUCCAACUUUUGCAUUGGUCCGCCAAUCUACGCUCGCCGACUCCGCCAAGUCUUCUAUCAUCCAUAAUUUCAGGAACUUAGGUGUCAAUUUCGUCUUCGGUGAUAUCUUCGACAAUGAGAGUUUGGUUAGGGCAAUACAGCAGGUUGAUGUGGUGAUAUCCACCGUUGGUCGUGGUUUGUUAUCCCAUCAAGAAAAGAUCAUAUCUGCUAUCAAACAAGCUGGUAAUGUUAAGAGAUUUCUUCCCUCUGAGUUUGGCAAUGAUGUGGAUCGUGUUCACGCCGUGGAGCCAGCAAAGUCGAUGUUUGCCAGUAAGGUUGAAAUUCGUAGGGCUGUUGAGGCAGAGGGAAUCCCCCAUACAUUUGUAGUUAGCAAUUUCUUCGAUGGUUACUAUCUUCGCAACUUCUCUCAGCCAGGAGCUACCGAACCACCUAGAGACAAAAUCAAAAUCUUUGGAGAUGGAAAUCUCAAAGUAAUUUACAACAAGGAAGAAGACAUUGGGACAUACACCAUCCGAGCCAUAGAUGAUCCAAGAACCUUCAACAAGAUCUUGUACAUUAGACCUCCAGCCAACAUCUACUCGACGAACGAGCUAGUCUCACUAUGGGAGAAAAAAAUUGGCAGGAUUCUUGAAAGAACCUAUGUCUCAGAGGAGGAGCUUGUGAAGAACAUCCAAGAGACUCCAGUUCCACUUAGUACAGCAUUAGCAAUUAGUCAUAGUGCUUUUGUGAAGGGAGAUCAUACCAACUUUGAGAUUGAACCAUCAAUUGGAGUGGAAGCUUCAGAGCUGUACCCAAAUGUUCAUUACACAACUGUAGAAGACUACCUCAAUCAAUUUGUUUAGAAAGCAAACAGCCAAUUUCAUCUUUGCUUUGUUUGGAUCUGUGUCCCAAUACUUGUAUGAUGCAAAAAGAAAAAAAAACGGGAUUAAAAAUCACAUUUUUAGUCCUAUACUUGUAUAGAAACAACAAUUUGAUUUCUAAACAUUGGCUUUGUAACAAUUUACUCUCUAUACUUUUAAUUUUAUAACAACUUAAUCUUUGUACUUUUAAA